GUUCUCCUACUCCAUUUUUGUGAGACGGGUGUAGGAGCGCACUCUCGGCGGGGAGACUGUCAGUCCACGCAGCGGAUACUGCACACCGAGCGACAAAGGCGAGCACCGGAGCCCGUUUUCUUUUCGUUUCUGCUUUAGGAAGAGUCUAGAAGUUUCAGCCCUCAGGGUUUUGACAUGGUAGAUUAUCACGCCGUUAAUAAUCAAGGCCAGUAUUCAGCGGGCGGGCCACCGACCUACAUGGAGCAAGAGAACGACUGGGACCGGGACCUGCUGCUGGACCCGGCCUGGGAGAAGCAGCAGAGGAAGACUUUCACGGCCUGGUGCAACUCUCACCUGAGGAAAGCGGGAACGCAGAUCGAAAACAUCGAGGAGGAUUUCAGAGAUGGACUCAAACUAAUGCUGCUCCUGGAGGUCAUAUCAGGGGAGAGGUUACCAAAGCCUGAAAGAGGCAAGAUGAGAGUGCACAAGAUCAACAAUGUCAACAAAGCGCUGGACUUCAUCGCCAGCAAAGGAGUCAAACUGGUGUCCAUCGGUGCAGAAGAAAUUGUGGAUGGAAAUGCCAAGAUGACUCUGGGAAUGAUUUGGACCAUCAUCCUCCGCUUCGCCAUCCAGGACAUCUCAGUGGAGGAAACCUCCGCUAAAGAAGGCCUGUUGCUCUGGUGUCAGAGAAAGACAGCUCCUUACAAGAACGUCAACGUCCAGAACUUCCAUAUCAGCUGGAAGGAUGGCCUUGCCUUCAAUGCUCUGAUCCACAGACACAGACCAGAGCUCAUCGAUUAUGACAAGCUGAGAAAGGAUGACCCAGUGACCAAUCUGAACAAUGCUUUCGAAGUGGCAGAGCGAUACCUGGACAUCCCCAAGAUGUUGGAUGCUGAGGAUAUCGUGGGCACUCUGCGGCCGGAUGAGAAGGCUAUUAUGACCUACGUCUCCUGUUUCUAUCACGCCUUCUCAGGUGCUCAGAAGGCUGAGACAGCAGCCAAUCGUAUCUGCAAGGUUUUGGCGGUCAAUCAGGAAAACGAGCACCUGAUGGAGGACUAUGAGAAACUGGCCAGCGACCUGUUGGAGUGGAUUCGUAGGACAAUCCCAUGGUUGGAAAACCGCGCUCCAGAGAAAACCAUGGCAGAAAUGCAGCAGAAACUGGAAGACUUCCGCGAUUACCGCCGCGUUCACAAACCACCCAAAGUUCAGGAGAAGUGUCAGCUAGAGAUCAACUUCAACACGCUGCAGACCAAACUCCGUCUGAGCAACCGACCGGCCUUCAUGCCAUCUGAAGGACGCAUGGUGUCGGAUAUUAAUGGUGCUUGGCACAAACUGGAAGGGGCAGAGAAAGGCUAUGAAGAGUGGCUCCUGAAUGAGAUCCGUCGCUUGGAGAGACUUGACCAUCUUGCAGAAAAGUUCCGUCAGAAAGCAGCCAUCCAUGAGGGCUGGACAGACGGUAAAGAAGCCAUGCUCACACAGAAGGACUAUGAAACCGCAUCUCUGUCUGAGAUUAAAGCUCUCCUGAAGAAACACGAGGCCUUUGAGAGUGACCUCGCCGCCCACCAGGACAGAGUGGAGCAGAUUGCCGCCAUUGCACAGGAGCUCAAUGAGCUGGACUACUACGACUCCCCAAGUGUUAAUGCACGCUGUCAGAAGAUCUGUGAGCAGUGGGAUGCUCUGGGCUCCCUCACACAGAACCGCAGAGAGUCUCUGGAGAGGACAGAGAAACAGCUGGAGUCUAUUGAUGAACUUUACCUGGAGUACGCCAAAAGAGCGGCACCAUUCAACAACUGGAUGGAGGGCGCCAUGGAGGACCUGCAGGACAUGUUCAUUGUGCACAACAUCGAUGAGAUCCAGGGCCUGAUAACAGCUCAUGAGCAGUUCAAAUCGACUCUUCCAGAGGCAAAUAAAGAGCGGGAAGCUAUCCAGGCCAUCCAGGCUGAGGUUCAGAAAAUUGCGCAGUACAACGGCAUCAAACUGGCUGGAAACAAUCCUUACACCACCAUCACCCCGCAGAGCAUUGACAAGAAGUGGGAGAAGGUGCAGCAACUGGUUCCACAGCGUGAUCAGGCUCUACAGGAGGAACUCACCCGUCAGCAGUCCAAUGAUCAUCUCAGACGCCAGUUUGCCAACCAGGCCAACAUGAUCGGGCCAUGGAUCCAAAAUAAGAUGGAGGAGAUUGGCCGGAUAUCUAUUGAGAUGAAUGGAACUCUGGAGGAUCAGCUGACCCACCUCAGCCAGUACGAGCAGAGCAUCAUCGAAUACAAACCCAACAUCGACCAACUGGAGGGAGACCAUCAGCUCAUUCAGGAAGCACUUAUCUUUGACAACAAGUACACCGCUUACACUAUGGAGCAUCUUCGUGUUGGUUGGGAGCAACUCCUCACUACAAUCGCCCGCACCAUUAAUGAGAUCGAGAACCAGGUUCUGACCCGCGAUGCUAAAGGCAUUAGCCAGGAGCAGCUUCACGAGUACCGCACGUCCUUCAAUCACUUCGACAAGGAUCACAGUGGUCUCCUGCAGUCUGAGGAGUUCAAGGCUUGCUUGAUCAGUCUGGGUUACGACGUUGAAAAUGACAAGCAGGGUGAUGCAGAAUUUGCUCGUAUCAUGGGCAUUGUUGACCCCAAUAACAGUGGAGCAGUGACCUUCCAGGCCUUCAUCGACUUCAUGUCAAGGGAAACGACCGACACAGACACCGCAGACCAGGUCAUCGCCUCAUUUAAGAUCCUGGCUGGAGACAAGAACUACAUCACAGCCGAGGAGCUGAGGCGUGAGCUUCCCCCUGACCAGGCAGAGUACUGCAUCGCCCGAAUGGCGCCGUACUCUGGGCCGGACGCAGUGGCUGGCGCUCUUGACUACAUGUCCUUCUCCACCGCCCUGUACGGGGAGAGCGACCUCUAAGGGCCAACUCCAGAACUACGCAGCAGCUCUCUCUCCUACAUCAGUGCUGAUCUUCUCACAGACUAGAUAGAUGAGAGCGCCGGAUGGAAGCCGCAUCUGAUUCCUCUCAGCCAUCCAGUCCUGAAAGAGAUCAGUGCUCCUGAGGAAGAGGAAGAUAUAUUUAAGAGUGUUGGAAAUGGGACUUCAUAGCACAUCUGAAGGGGAGGGUGGGAUAGAUGUUUGGGGGAAAGGGAGUUAAACCAUGGCAUUGUGGGAAGAGCAAAUAACUGUUGAUGAAGCUUGCCACGCAUUGAGGGAUUACCUUUUGAUUCGGUGUAAAAACAUGUCAGUCUUGGAGAUCUUAAGAUGUAGGAUUGAAGGAAAGAGAGAGGUUUAAGAUGCAGGUUCUCAAUGUUGAGGGAAAAGAGAGAGGGUUAUGUGUGUUUGUGUGGCUUUGGACUGUAGCCACAGCUCAGGUUCUUUAAUCUUCUUCCGUAUCAUAUGAUGCAUACCAUAAAAGGACUUUCCCCCAAGCUUUUAAGCGAUUUCUCACCAGCAGUAAUCUUGACGUUAAUAAAAUUAGUAGAGAUAUCAUUAAAUCUUACUUGUUUGUUCUCGGAUGGAGUUUAAAGAAUCAGUUUUGGCUUCAGUCUGCGCCUAGACACUUAACCUGCACCCUCUACCCCGGUGGGGAGGGCACAAGCUUUUUCCAGUUAACAGGCUAUUUUGUUUGUUUUCAUUUUGUUGUUUUCUUGCUAGAGUUGGUGGGGUGGGAGGUUUUGGUUUUGGGGUUGGGGUGUGUUAUUUGGCAUAGUUGUAUGUCGUAGGAAAAUGGACGGAAUGACUCUACAAGUGAUAGGGAAUUUGUGACAUGCCCUCUUAACCCAUUUUGCUGGAUCAGUGGAACUCUUUGAAAAAAAUCUAACCUCAGCUUUUCCUCCUUUCAUUUCUGUCCUCUCCAGCAAUUUCGAGUUAGCGGGAUUCAACGCUGUACAUACUUCUUUUCCAGUACACAGAACUGUCGGACUACGCAUGGCGGUCAUGCAGGGCUUCAGGUCAUAAGGUUUAAAAGAUAAAAACGGGCAGUUUCACCCCUGCGGAGUACUGUAGACAGGAUUGAGUAGCUACAGGUCUGUGUUUUAUUUUUGAGGGCUUGAAGAAUAAAGCUACAAAAAAACAAUACCCAGUCGAUUUUCUUUUUGCUUCUCCAAUCAACCGGCGUUCUCUUGUUGACUCCCUGACUUGUCCCUUAAGGAGUUCUUAAAUGUAACCAAUGUCCAUCUGGCAUCCAUCUCUAAUGGUUUCUCAGAUAUUACUGAAUGUCCAUGUAAGAGCUUCAGUGGUGAUGUGAGCAGCAUAGCCUUGUAGUGACCCCUCCACUUGAGCUAAAUACACAGCUGCUGAAUCAACGGUAGAAAAGAGGAUUUUAUAUAGUCAGAAAGAAGUACUAAUGUGCCUGGUAGUCGCAGGUUGCUCUCUCCCACUCAUUUUUUUUCUUUCCUUUUGUUGUACACUCGUUUUUUUUCCUCUUUCUACAGGGAGGGGCAGGGACCCAAUGUACAGCUCUGGAGGUUGAGGGGAAGGAGUGGGAGAGCUGAAGUCUUAAUGAACAUUCCAUUAUGUCUUAAUUAAAAUUAAAUUACUGUUUAACAAAUCUAUGCAAUCAUGUAUCCAGUACCAACCAUGCUCUGUAAUGAAUGGCGGGGGUGAUUUGCAAUCGAAAGUGUUGAAUUCAAGUGAGAACAAAAAUUAAGGGUAGACUGGGGAAAUAGGGUUGGGCAGGUGGGCUUCCGAAGAUUUGAGAAGACUUGGACCAGAAGCCUGCUCUUACAUCUGCAAUGUUGAAUAAAAGCAUUUGGAUUUCUGAAUUUUUUUUUCUUUUGUACUCUUUAAUAUCAAACGUUAUCUGCUGUACUGGAAAUUUGCUAAACUGCUUUCUGUCUAAGAUGAAAAGUGAAUUUCACAUGCACACAUAAAGUUUCCUUAUAAAAUAUUACCACUUUGAA